CGGUCACUAGUUUAAACUUUAGAGAGAAAGCGAGAGAGAAAAAAUCACAACAAACCCACGUGAGACAUAAAGGAAGUGACGUCGCGCAUCGAACCGGAAAACGGCACAAAAAACAGCUGCAGCUUUCCUUGACACCACGCUACAGAUUUAUCGACAAGGAUCACAGCGAACAGAAUGGCCACAGACUGGUUGGGUAGUGUUGUGUCUAUAAACUGCGGGCUGACGUUGGGAAUUUAUCAGGGAGAGGUGUCAUCUGUCGAUCACGCCAGCCAGACCAUCUCGCUGAGACAGCCCUAUCACAAUGGUGUCAGAUGUCCUCUUCCCGAGGUCACUUUCAGUGCCAUUGAUAUCAAGGAGUUAAAGUUCCUAGAUAUCCAGAAUACAGUCAAGAAGCCCAGCCCCGGUCAGAGAGCUGCAACAGAAUCCAGCUUCAUACCUCCAGCACGCCAUGGUCAGAGUAACAGAGUUGCUCUCCCUCAUGUGACGAGCAGCAGCUCCCACUCCAGCACUGCACCAAUCACCAUCCUACGCAGAGCCCCGACAGGUCCAUCUAACAGCAGAGGGGCGACGCAGGCCACACAAAAGAAGAACAGUGUGAGGAACGGAGGCCCGACGAGGACGAGGGACGACGAGUGCUUCGGAGCCGGGACCGACGAGAACAUGGACGCAGACUUCGACUUUGAGGGGAACCUGGCUCUGUUUGACAAAGCCGCCGUCUUCUCCCAGAUCGCUGGCACCGGCAGCAGGGCGCAGCAUCACAACACGCAGGGCGAUCAGAAGCCCCUGUCCUAUCGCCAUGACGAGAAUAUCCUGGAGGCGAAGCCCGUCAUAUACCGGCAGAUAACGGUGCCCCAGCACGGGGGCAAAGAGUACUGUACCGAUUCAGGCCUGGUGGUUCCCAGCGUCCCCUAUGAGCUUCACAAGCGUCUGCUGGCAGCCGCCGAGCGCUGGGGCCUGUCUCUGGAGCGCAGGCUGGAGACGACCGGCGUCUGCUCCAGUCAGAUGGCUCUCACUCUGCUGGGCGGACCAAACAGACUCACCCCCAAAAACGUCCACCAGAGGCCCACUGUGGUCCUCCUGUGUGGGCCACACAUCCAGGGAGCCCAGGGGGUCAGCUGUGGCCGACACUUGGCCAACCACGGAGUGGAGGUCAUCCUGUUCCUGCCAAAUUUCGUCAAGAUGCAGGAGUCGGUCACCGGCGAGGUCCACCUCUACAGCAAGACCAGCAGCAAGCAGGUGGCCAGCGUCAAAGACCUGCCAACAAGCCCGGUCGACCUGGUCAUCAACUGCCUGGACUGCCACGAGAACCCACUGCUGAGGGAGCAGUCCUGGUACCAAUCGGCCGCCGACUGGGCCAACCAGAACCGGGCUCCCGUCCUGAGUAUCGAUCCCGCUGUCGGUGGCCAGCAUCAGGCUGUCGAGGCGAAGUGGACCCUCUUUUUAGGCCUUCCUUUACCGUUAGCCGAGACGGAGAGCAGGGUCUACCUCUGUGACAUUGGCAUCCCUAAACUGGUUUUCCAGGAAGUUGGAAUCCGCUACCACUCACCAUUCGGAUGUAAAUUUGUCAUUCCUCUACACACGCCAUAACUGAGAAGCCACUGACAUUGAACUCAGUUACAAUAGGAGGGGACGGUCUGCUAUUCAGUGGGUAAUGGUACGAUUGUGUAUGUGGCAAUAGCUGAAGAGCAACAGUAUGACCUAAAGAAUAUUUUGUCGUAAAGUGUAUACGACUGAAAGCAUAUUGUGUAGGUCUUUCCCUGCUGCCCCUCUGGAAACUCCCGAGGAGGGAGAGGGGGGAGGGGGGGUCGCCGCGCGUUGCGUGCGACGCCUCUUGUUUUUGAGAGGGAAAGGUUUCCUGUUCUUUGGCGUGUUUUGAUAAGGGCUCUGGAUGACGAGGUGAAUGUGUUUACAAAACGCUGACCACUGUGAGUCGGUGACCAGUCAGAGCAGCAGAGACACGGUUCCUGUUUCCUCCUCCAGAUUGCAUGUGGAGGCCGGUCUCGACCCCGUGACCCCCGUGCACAGCUCAGCCUAAAGCCGUCUGCCAACCCAAACAUUCAUGUGGCCCAUUGUCUUUCCAUUUAAUGCAAUUUUGUACUCACUCAAAUAGGUGUGUUUUGUCUAGUAAUGGCUGUAGCAUGUUUUACUGAAAAUGGGUUGUCACACAGAAUUUAUAUUUGUAUUUAUUUUUGGAAUACAUCUCAGGAACAAUGAAUGAAAAAUGUAAAAAACUUCAUAUUUGCAUUUACAGUACAUCCGAUAGCGCUCUCUAUGCCCGGUUGGGUGAGUUCAUAACCACUGACGAUGAAAAUGAAAAGUAGUUGCUGGCACCCCUGAGGAUUAAUUUUCUGUAUUUCUGAAGUCUUGCAGAUUCGGCAGGAUUUUGAAGCACACAUUCCAAGGACCAAAAACAUCUUGGGCCAGGUUAAUCUCUAGGGAUUAUAGCUAGUUUGGUUUGGUGAAACCUAAUUAUUAUUUUCCAUUUCGACACCUCGGAUUCAGCCACCUUCAGUGAAGUAACCAUUCCUCUGGUUUGGUCGCUGUAGCGUUCUUCUGUUAAAACCUCAGAUCAGCAAACUGUCAACUUUACAAGUAAAAGGACAACCUGAUUUUAGACUGGCAGCUAUGCGCUUUUGAAAUUAUGCAGGUGUCUUUUUUUAAGUUAUUGUUAUGAACUUCUUUUCCAACAGCAAAGAAUCGAGUACUUCAAGUUCAAACCUGAGAGUCAAAAAGCUAGAGUAGAAGAAGCCUAAUAUGUUGUUGGUUGUAAUAAUAAUAUAAAUCAAACCUCCACUCAGGGAAACACGAGCAGUUCAAAACACUGCAACCUCUUUCUCUGCUUUUUCAGAGCCACUUUUUUUCUUCUCCAUUACAGCAAAGACUAAAUGAAACACUUAAAAUGUAAUCAUGAUUGUGAUGAAGCAAUCAUGUUUAAAUAAAACAAAACAUUCCUUGUAAAUUUUGAUUAGGGAUGUUCUUGAGAUUAAUUAUUGUGGGGGGGGUGUACAAAAUAAUGUGAAUUUCGUGGUGAUGGGUUUGUAUCUCAUUUUUUCAGAAGUGUAGUCAACUUGAAGGUGUUUUGUACCUGAGGUUUUUGACUAAUUUGUUGCCAGCCUGCGUGGUUAUUUUUGACAAAGCCGUAUGUAAGCCUGGUAAAGAACAAAUGUAGCGUCAUCUAAGAACAUGUUGAUAAUGUGUCUUUAGGUCUACAUGUGAAUCCUGAUCUUCUGACGAGAAGCAGAUGCAUAGGGUGGGUGCUCCUUUUAUAUGCAAAUGAAAAAUAAAAACCUUGCAACCGCCGUGUUUUAAAUGUGAGACAUGUCAUUGCAGAAAUACAACUACACCGAAGACACAAUACUGUAUUUCCGUGUAAUACUACUAUAUACUUCAACUCUAUAAGAGGGAAAUACUGUAAUUUUACAUCACUAUUUUUGUUUAACAGUUAUUGUAACUUGUUACUACUUUGGAUUUGGAUAUUUAGAAUAGUUUAUAUGAUCAGCUUAUAUGAAUUCAGUUAUCCAGUAAAGAAGGUAGAAUUAGCUUUUUGACCUGUUGCAACAUUCAAAUGCUACUAGCACAUUUACACAUCAAGGGUAGUUAUCCAGGAAUGUCACACUCUGAAAGGGGCCGGUCUGCAUGGUGAGUGACUAUUGUUGUGCUACUUAAUCUACAAUAUUUCAUAAUACUAUUAACACUACUUGUAGUGGUCUCUUUCUGAAAGUGACAUUUUUUAACUUGCGUAAAUAUGAAUACUUCUAUCGCUGCAAUUAAGUUAUACACGUUCUAAUGGGCCUGUGUUUACAGCAGAUGUUUAGACUUGUGAUAGCAGGAAAUGUGUUUCUAAUAAAUGAUUGCUCUGCUCUCUUCAAGUGUCCAAGGAAGUUAGGACAGUGAGCCAGGAAGCACGACACUAGGACCCUGAAACUGAAGCAGCUAAAUGGAAUUCAGCCGUCACUAAUUUACCAUUU